AUGCUCGUCUUUCCGCUGCUGCUGGCACUGCUGCCUGGUCUCGUAGCGGCUGCUACACCCCAGCUGGACAAGUACCGCGCCCUAGCGAAGCGGAAUGGCGGACUACUCUCCCUCGACGCAGCGGCCUAUGAUGAACUCACGUCCUCGCCGCGCGACUACUCUGUGUCGGUGGUGUUGACGGCGAUGGGAGCGCAGUACAAGUGUCAGCCGUGCCAGCUCCUCCAGCCCGAAUACUCGCUCCUCGCCAAGCAAUGGAGCUCGACGAAGAGGAGCAGUGACGAGGAGCACUUCUUCGCCUACCUCGACUUUCAGAACGGGCCAGAGGUGUUCCAGCGGCUCGGUCUGCAGACCGCACCGGUCUUCCAGCUAUUCAUGCCGACCGAGGGACCGCGGGCGACAGGCAAGCUUGCGGCAGAAACGGUCGACUUUGGCAGGACUGGGUUCAAGGCCGAAUCGAUCGCCUCGCACCUUUCGGCUCAUGCCAACCUCCCGUCUCUCAAGUUCGCGCGACCCGUCGACAAGACCAAGGUCCUCAAGACUGUCGCUUCCGUCGUCGUGGGCGUACUCGCAGUGUGGCGGAUGUGGCCACUUUUCGUCGUCGUCUUCACCCGCCGCUACAUCUGGUCUGCGAUCUGCAUCUUCACCAUCCUCUUCAUGACCUCGGGCUACAUGUGGACGCAGAUCCGCCGUCCGCUGUACGUCCAGGCUGAGCGGAACGGUCAGGUCAGCUACAUUGCGGGCGGCUAUCAAACGCAGCUCGGCGCCGAAGUGCACAUCAUCUCAGCCAUCUACGGCAUCCUCGGCUUCUCGGCCUACAUCCUCGCCUACACCAUUCCCAAGCUGACGGACCCAGUUCGACAACGGCUCGGCGUCUAUGUCUGGACAGGCGUCUUCAUCGUUAUGUCGGGCGUCCUGAUGAACAUCUUCCACAUGAAGCAACCUGGAUACCCCUUCCGCAUCUUCUGA